UUUAUGUUUCAUUUAAAUUCAUGUGUGUUCUCCGUAUAUAUAUUAAUACAAAUUUUCAUUUUUUGGUAGCUUUCUAAGCAAUUCGUAUUUGUUUUUCAGUCGACUAAAUUUUAUAUUAUUUUAUAUUUACACAUAAAUAUUUAUGAUGUCAAUGAAUGACAUAGAUGAAGUGUUUAAUAAGCUUGGUUUCGGCAAGAUGCAGUACAUUAUUUUGUUGGCCUGCCUUAUCAUUCAAAUGUGGGUAAGCAACGAGCAACUGGGCUUUGCGGUAGUGAUUGCCGGGGCCAGUUGUGAGCUGGAUAUCGCCAAUCACCGAGUGGUCUGGCUGGUGUCCGGAAACUUUGGCUCCCAGAUGAUAUCCUGCUAUUUAUGGGGCGAAAUAUCGGAUCAGUAUGGAAGGCGGAAAGUGCUCGUAUUGGCGGGCCUGACCGCAAACUUUUUGUCCUUGUUGUCGGCUUGCAUGCCGGAGUUCUGGUCCUUUUGGGCCUUUCGAACUUUGGCGGGCUUUUUUAUCUCCGGAAAUGUGGUUUGUAUCAUGACCUACUUGAGUGAGUUUACAAAGGUUUCCCUGCGCCCCAAAGUGCAGAACAUUAUGAGCUAUGCCAUCGGUCUGAGUCUGAUAUAUGUGCCGUCGCUGGCCGGUGUCCUGUUGCCGCUGAAAAUGAAACCCAUUCGUGGAUGGCGCAUCCUGCUCAUUUGCAACCAGAUCCCUGGAAUCAUCGGAUUGCUCUUGAUGGUUCUCCUGCCCGAGAGUCCCAAGUACUACCUGUCGGUUGGCAAUCAGGAAAAGGCAAUGAAGGUCAUGGAGCAGGUCUGCCGGAUGAACAGGGGCAAGGGGGUGACCUUGGAAAGUUUGGGAGUGGACUCGCUCACACAGCCUCGCCUGCGCGACUCGCUAAUGAAUACAGACCGAUGUCACGAUACCAAGACUCUGAUGACCAAGCAUUUGAAGUUCAUAUGUAUUUUCUUCUACAUCUUUUUUACCCUGAGUGGAAUGGGGUUUUCCUUGCCCACUUGGAUGCUGCGGAUCAGAGUUCUUGCUAAUCAGGUGGAGGAGCAGAAGUCGGUUUGUAAUCUCAUAAAAGACGAUCUUCCGCAAGUUCUAGAGUGUGAACUGGGCUAUGAUAAAAUGAUUGCUCCAAUUACCCAUGGUUUCGUUGUGCUUGGGAUCUUUAUACUCACGAGCAUUCUCUUGAUACGUCUCAAACGUCGAGUGGUUAUAAUCAUUUAUAUCCUUAUUGCCAUUGCUGGAUGUGUGUCCUUGAACUUUACGAAUCAUUCUGACCUGAUACUGCUUGGCUUUUUCGCCAUAAUCGAUCCGCCCCUGUGUAGCCUCAGGUUGGCGAGUUCCCUGCUCAUAGAUCUCGUUCCCACUCACCUCAGGGGAAAGGCCUUUGCUCUUAUCAGCAUGAUGGGACGUGCAGGCGUUCUAGUAAUCAAUUUGUAUGUGGGUUUAACCCUUUCGAAAAUCUGCUAUGUCACCUUUAAUCUCCUCAUUCUUUUACUAAUAGGUAAGCAAUUCCUUUUACUUAAAUUUACUUUCUACACAAAGGAAAUCUCUAUAGUUUGCGGCAUUCUAGUACUCAUUUUACCAUCUGAAUAUAAAGUCAGGAGUUUAAUAAUGCAAAAAUAAUGUAAUAUAUAUGACUUUUUAAAUAAAAUAAAGUUCUGCCUUUCUA